GGGCAUUCCGUAUUUCAAUUGCCGUGUGUGUGUUGGGUCCUAUGAGUAUUAAAUGUUUCCAUAUAUAAGUCAUCUUUUGAUGCAUAAUAAACACUAAAUAACUGCUAAGAGCAUUAACUGAGUAUUUUCUGUUUUGUAGUGCACACUUUAGCUCUGUUGUUCCUUCGAAACUUGAUCUGUGGUCCUAAGUGCUGUAGUGAAAGUCAACAGCUAUAUAUAAUUUGUUGAUAAGGUCCAGAAAACAACUUUUUGUGAGUUAAGACGAAAUGUCAACUGAAGGUGCUUCAUGCUCAAGUGAAAUUUCAGUGAACGUAAGCGACGCGUUCCAACGUAUUAUGCUGAAUAAGAGAUUCGGAAGCUGGAUUGAAUUAGAUAAUGCGCUAAAGGAUUUCCAUAAAAUGACCCAUACACACUAUGUUCACGCAGAAAGUAGAUUGUUGAAGGAUGUGAGAUAUAAAUACUUGUUCGUAGUGUUUCGUUGCACGUUUGGUCGUAAACGUAAAUCAGAAGGUCUGAAUGUGAUUAAAAAACCGUCUAAAUUUUUAAAUUGCCAAUCGAUGUUUCGCGUAAGAUUGGAGGGUCAACAAUACGUUAUAAAAUCUUACAACAUGACUCACAACCAUCCGUGUACUAGUUCGUGGAUGGUUUGUGAUCCGUUGAGUAGACGAUUGUCAUCAGAAGAAAAAGAAAACUUGAAACCAGUUAUAUUGCACUGUCAGUCGACGGACGAAGUUAUCGAAAGUAUUAAGGAAAGAACAGGUAAGCAGGUGACCGCUGCUGAUGUCAAAAAUAUGAAAGCUGAACUCUCCACUGGUAAGUGUAUAUAAAUAUAUUUCAGGUUGGACUCGGAAGCAGGUAUUGCAGAUGAUGCGACAAAACGGUGAAGUUAGAGAGCAUGCAGAAAAUGGAUCUAUUACGGCGGUAUGCUUCAGCAGUUAUGAUCAGAUACGGCUGUACAAUCAAUAUCCCGAAGUCGUGUGUAUUGAUUCUACUUAUAAAACUAAUAAUAAAAAGU